AUGACGACAUCUGUUCCUGACCUGCUACUGGCUAUUCUGGAGGAGCUGGUAGGAAAAGAUCUGAAGAAAUUUCACUGGUACCUGGCUCAGAGUGUACCAGAUGGCUUUCCUCUCAUCCCCAAGGGCCAUCUGGAGAACGCUGACAGGCAGGACACCGUGGAUACGAUGGUGAACACCUAUGGCCACGAUGUAGCUAUGAAGAUCUCACUGGAAAUCCUGAGGAAGAUGAACCAGAAGGACCUUACCAAGAUGUUAACAGUAGAUCAGCAAGAGGCUGAGGUUGAGGUAGCAGCUGCCUCAAUUCGGGUUCCAGACUCUCCUGUCUACAUCACUUGUACAGCUCAGACGGGCGGCCAUGUUGUGGCCCCUUCGCUCUCCGGCUGCCAUAUUGGUGGUCCAGUUCACUUCAACAUCAGAGUCAACUCAUUAGACGAAGAGCCCAUAGUUCCAUCUCAAGCUUCACCUGCCCACUUUACCAUGUUUCCACCUGAACCUGUGAAUACAGAAGACAAUGAUGAACGAAUCGAGAGUUGUCAAAAUAAACUCAAACACAAUCUGCGUAGUAGGUUCUUCAGUGUGUUUGAGGGACUGGCCAGCCACGGGAACAGAAAACUUCUCAACCAGAUCUACACAGAGCUCUACAUCACAGAGGCUGGAAGUACAGAGGUCAAUAAUGAACACGAGGUGAGACAGAUUGAGACGGCAUCCAGAAGAACAGCCACACAAGAAACACCAAUCCAAUGCAACGACAUCUUUCUGCCCUUACUUGGUCAAUUCAUCAGAACUGUGCUGACGAAGGGAGUCGCUGGCAUCGGGAAAACCGUCUCAGUGCAGAAGUUCAUUCUGGACUGGGCAGAUGGAAAAGCCAAUCAAAAUCUCCAGUUGAUAUUCCCUCUUUCUUUUCGAGAGCUGAAUUUGAUCAGAAAGAAAAGAUGCAGUUUGAUCGAACUUCUCAAUGGCUUUUUUACGGAAACAAAAGAAACCGAGAUAUCAAACUACGACAAUUAUCAGGUGCUGUUUGUCUUUGAUGGCCUGGAUGAGUGUCGACUUCCUCUAGACUUCCAGAACAAUGACAUUCUGUUUAAAAUAACCGAGUCAACCUCAGUGGACGUGCUGCUAACGAACCUCAUCAAGGGGAAUCUGCUUCCCUCCGCUCAACUUUGGAUAACCACCCGCCCUGCAGCAGCCAAUCAAAUCCCUCCUGAGUGUGUUGACAAGGUGACAGAGGUACGAGGGUUCAAUGACCCACAGAAGGAAGAGUACUUCAGAAAUAGAAUCAGCGAUGAGAACCUGGCCAGCAGAAUCAUCACACACAUAAAGACAUCAAGAAGCCUCUACAUCAUGUGCCACAUACCCAUUUUCUGUUGGAUCUCAGCCAUUGUUCUGGAGAGAAAGCUGGAGAAAGCAGGGAGUGGAGAGAUGCCGAAGACCCUGACUCAGAUGUACUCACACUUCCUGGCUUUUCAGGAGAAAGACAUGAAUCUCAGGCUUCAGGGAAGAGGAACACCUGACCCUGACUGGAUGAGAAAGAGCAUCAUGUCCCUGGGAAAACUGGCUUUCCAACAACUGGAGAAAGGCAACCUGAUCUUCUAUGAGGAAGACCUGAGAGAGUGUGGCAUACACAUCGGCCAGGCAUCAGUGUACUCAGGAGUGUGUACUGAGAUCUUCAGUGAGGAACUGACCUUAUGCCAGGGAAAGGUGUUCUGCUUUGUUCAUCUCAGUAUUCAGGAGUUUCUGGCUGCCCUGUAUGUGUUUCUCACAUUCAUCAACGACAACGUGAAUCUUUUAGCCAAACAGCAAUCAUUUCUGAGACGUUUUCCAUUCGGAAAUUCAUCCUCAACCAGCUUCUACAAAGCAGCAGUUGACAAGGCCUUACAGAGUGAGAGUGGACACCUGGACCUGUUCCUCCGCUUCCUUCUGGGCCUCUCACUGGAGUCCAAUCAGAUUCUCCUACGAGGCUUGCUAACUCAGAAAAUAAGUAGAUCACAGACCAACAAGGAAUCAGUCAAGUACAUGAAGGAGAAGAUCAAGGAGAAUCCCUCUCCAGAGAGAUGCAUCAAUCUGUUCCACUGUCUGAAUGAACUGCAUGACCAUUCUCUAGUGGAGGAGAUCCAAAGCUACCUGGGCUCAGGAAGUCUCUCUAGGGCCAAACUCUCACCUGCACAGUGGUCAGCUCUGGUCUUUGUGUUGCUGACUUCAGAAGAGGAGCUGGAUGAGUUUGAGCUGAAAAAAUACUCCAGAUCAGAGGAGGGUCUUCUGAGACUGCUGCCAGUGGUCAAAGCCUCCAGGACAGCACUACUGAAUCGAUGCAAACUCACAGAGCGAUGCUGUGAAGCGUUGGCCUCAGCACUCAGCUCAUACUCCUCACACCAGAGAGAGCUGGACCUGAGUCACAACGACCUACAGGAUUCAGGGGUGAAGCUGCUCUCUGCUGGACUGGCAAGUCCACAGUGUAAACUGGAAACAUUAAGCCUGAGGCGAUGCAAACUCACAGAAAGAUGCUGUGAAGCGUUGGCCUCAGCUCUCAGCUCAAACUCUUCACACCUGAGAGAGCUGGACCUGAGUGACAACGACCUGCAGGAUUCAGGAGUCAUGCUGCUCUCUGCAGGACUGGGCAGUCCGCACUGUAAACUGGAGGUUGUAAGGUUGUCACUUUGUAGUGUCACAGAGGAAGGAUGUGCUUUGCUAGCCUCCUCUCUCAAUUCCAACCCCUCACACCUGAGAGAGCUGGACUUGAGCUAUAAUUACCCAGGAGACUCGGGAGUGAAGCUUCUCUCUGCUGUACUGGAAGAUCCACACUGUAAACUGGAGAAACUUAGUGUGGAGUGCUGUGCUGAGUUCAGGAUCAGACCAGGACCACAGAGAUAUGCCUGUGAGCUCACACUGGACCCAAACACAGCACACAAAGAGCUCUCGCUGUCUGAGGAGAACAGGAAGGUGACGCGAGGGAAAGAGCAGCCGUUUCCUGAUCACCCAGAGAGAUUUGACUACUGGAGGCAGGUGCUGUGUCGAGAAGGUCUGGAUGGGCGCUGCUAUUGGGAGGCAGAGUGUAAUGGGAGAGCUCUGAUGGGAGUAGCUUACAGAGGGAUCAGCAGGAGUGGAGAGGGACAUGACUGCUGGUUUGGACGAAACGCUGUGUCCUGGAGUCUGAACUGCUCUAAUGACAGUUACACAGCCUGGCACAACGACAAGAGCACUGCCAUAACCAUCUCCUCUCUCUCUAACAGAGUAGGAGUGUAUCUGGACUGGCCGGCCGGCACUCUGUCCUUCUACAGUGUCUCCUCUAACACACUGACCCACCUGCACACGUUCCACUCCACGUUCACUGAGCCCCUCUAUCCAGGGUUUAGGCUAGGCUGGGUGGACUCGUCAGUGUCCUUGUGUCAGGUAGAAUAGCCUCCCUGGAGAAACACCUGAGAUUUCAGGGAGAUUACACUCAUGUAUUUGUGUGUAACAUAGUUUAGCAAGUG